AGAACCAAUGGCAACUGGAACAAAAUAUAAACAUAUGUAUGCAGAUUGUAGGUUAAAUUGUUUUAUAAUAACAAAUGCAGGAAGUUUUCAAUUAAGAUGAGUAACCUGCUAAAUUUUGCUCUGCGUCAGGGAGUCAGUUCAAUUAAGAGGCUUAGUCUUCAGAGUUUUAGACUGGCAGUUCCGCCUAUUGUUACUAAAUCGCCGGUUAGUUCUACGGUGAAGAGGUUCUCCCAAACAGCUCCAUUUGAUGUGAACACCAGUGUACCCAAGGAUAUAAUCCUCUUCAAAUAUGAGAACCCGCGCUUUUACCACAUGCUGAACUUUUUCGGAAUAUGCCAGUUUGUGUUUUGGACUUAUCUAUCGCACUUCGCUUUUACGACACUAAAGGAUGCUCCUGUGGUUGAGAAACCCGGAGAGGAUUUAAAAUGGUUUCAGCGCAUAAAUCUGGGCGAUAAUAAAUACAGAAAUGGCAUUACAGCCUGCAGUUUUCUGAUAGGAUAUGGAAUUCUGUUUGCUGUAUGGAUGUUUACCCUCCGUUCUGUGCGUUUUCUCAUAUUGAGAAAGGGAGGUCAAAGCGUUUCCUUUGUGACAUAUGGUCCUUUCAACCGAAAUCGUAUCAUGACUGUGCCUUUAAAGUGUGUUUCCGCAGAAGAAUCACGAAACUUAGCUAGGGUGCAGUUACCCAUUAAGGUGAAAGGCAAGACAUUGUACUAUGUGUUGGAUAUGAGAGGCGAGUUCAGGAAUCCCCAACUGUUCGAUUAUACGGCGGGCUUGAAGCGCCGUCUUUAAAGACUUAGGUGUGUUAUUUUGUAACUUAUUAUUUGUAAAUAAAGAUAUACACUAAUUAAAAUUUAA